AUGGCUGACCCUGGGCAUGGCCUCUCUGCCGCUCGGCACCGCAGCACCAUGGCAAGCACCCCGCAGAAGGGACGCGCGUACUUCGGCGAAAUGGCGGAGACGCCGGGCGGCAACCAGACGCCGGGCAAGGCGUCCAAGAAGCUCAAGGACUCCAAGUUCGGCGAGACGAUCGUCGAGGAGAACCAAGUGAGCGUGACCGUCAUGCUGACCGGCGUCGCCCUCGUCGAGAUGGGCUACGACAAGGAGCUGCGGGACGCGCUCCAGGCCGGCAUGUACGAGAUGGCCGAGGCGCAGGGGUGCAUCAACACGUACCUGCCGCAGCAUAAGGACAAGUGCGAAAUGGAGCGGCCCAACAAGAAAUAUGUGCGCGCUCCGGGCUGGUCGAACGUGCAGUACCAGAUCAGGGGGUACAUCGUCCACCCCAAAGACCUCGUCAAGAUCCUGGACCAGGUCGUCAAGAAGAUCCCGGGCUUCUCCCACGAGGUCAACUACUUCCUCCGGCGCGAGACGGAGACCGGCACCUUCGAUGAGGCGACCACGCUCGGGGACAUCGACAACCUGGCUGGAGUUCCAGAUGGAAUUGUGACUGCCAUUUUUUCCCCACGACUUGUGGCGUGUGACCGCCGUGCUUCCCUCUUCGCCGUCGAUGGCCAAAGACGACGGAAGGAGACUCCCAUUCUGAUGCACGUGCUCCUGGGCCGCUUGCGAACCAUGCUCCUGAUUACAGCCACGCACACUUGCUGGGGUUCCAUGCGUGCAUCCGAUGUCCGAAUGUGGCCACUGCUUGACGACAACACCGUCUCGCUUGAGCCUGGCGCAUGCGCCCAAAGGCAAGGGGGCAAGUCAUGCGAGCUGCGUGAUGUCAUUCGAUCCGACCUCCACAAGUGGGCCGAUCGCUCGAUCCGGCCAGCGCAGCUCCAGUAUUCGUUUGGUACUUCGAAGCUUGACAACAAAUUUGAUGCCGGCGCAGACUAUGUGGACAGCAAACACUGGAUGUAUGCCGCGGUGCACGGCCGUCGCGUACACUUUGUCACGGUGGGUCACGAGUACGGCCGUCACGCCCGUACGAUGCAGCGCAUGCUACUGUCCCUCGCCGCAGUGGCGCCAUUGGACGAUUUUGAGCUUGCCUCUACGUUUGGGGAUGCUCCUUGGAUUAACCGCGCCGCCCCGACCGCCGACGCUUGCUUUGGUCGGCCACCGCUCUUUGCAAAGGGCACGUCGGAGGAAACGUGCAGCCUGGCGCUGCCGACUAUCUUCUGUGGACCCAGCACAGCACAGAAGAGAUUGACGAAUGGCACAGGCGAUAUCUCGUGGGAGGCCAAACGCCCCCUUGCCUUUUGGCGUGGCUCAUCUUGGAUGAUGGGGGGAUGUGGCUACGCUGCUGGAGCCGACAGGGAUGGCAAUGGUUUGACACAGCUCGUGGACGGCCAACCCCGCGUGCGUCAGCUUGUGGACCCCCGCUUCUUGCUGGUCAACGCCAGCGCUCACGGUUCGCCCGUCAUCGACGCCGCCUUUUCCGACGCCUGGGAGGGCGCCGACAUUCGUGCUGCGGAAGUCCAGGCAAGCCGUGAAGACCUCAUCAAGGUAGGAGGCAAGCUGAACGUGACAGUGCCGUCGGAGGAGCAGUUCAAGUACCGGCUGCUCCCCACAGCAUCGGUGCCGUGCGCUUACACGUGCCGUCUCGUGCCCUUCCUCAGCUCCAACUCGCUGGUCGUCAAGUUCUCCGGAGACGCCGAACACUACUCCCAGGCGGUCUGUGGCGGGCUGCGACACGGCGUGCACCUGCUCCUUGCGACGCGGGCCAACUUUGGUGAGCUGUUGCACGCGGCGGUGGCACCCGCCGUGCAGCCGCGGCUGCAGCGCAUGGUGCGCAACGCACACGCAUACAUGAGCUGGGCCACCUCGGCCGACGGGCUGCACUGCUACUUGCAUGAGCUGCUGAGCGGCUACGCUCGCAAGCUGAACUACUCCGUCAAGAGGGAGGGAGCGGUCGAGAAGUUGAUCCUGCCCGCACUUGGACGUCACGCGCGCGACGCCCUCCGCAAUAAGCGCUCGUCGCCGCGGCCCUCACCCUCGCCGCCGGGACCAGACUACAAGGAUCCGGCGAAAUGCCUCGACAACCCUUUCGACUUUAAAAUCCCCACCGACAGAACCACUGCUGAGGCGUGCGCGCAGCGCCGGUUCGUGCCUCCAGAUCCAAGCUUGGUGGAGGAGUUCAAGCUCGGCAAGAACAUACGUGGACAAAAUCUUCCGUUCGUACUCAGCAGCUACGAGCUGCCGCCGCCCAAGCUGGCUGCCAAAGAUAUGGCCGCACGAUGUGAGCGGUUUUGGGCUAGACGGCCCGAGUCCAAGGCCGAGCGCAAGUAG